AUGAUGUUGAACAAAGCUCAAAUCUGGUAUAUUAGCCUCACGAAAGAUAAUACAAAGAAGGGCUCGAAGGAAUUGGCCCAGACAAAUUAUUGUGAGAAAGAACCAAGCACUGUAAUUGAACCCCUCCGGUGUCUGCAAUCCUACUUCCACCCGAAUGGCUUGUUUGCCAUACACAUGAAAUAUGGUGUAAAGAAAAGAGUCAAGCCGUUCCACGAUUGGGCUAUGUCUGUCCUCAGUACAUUAAGGACAGAUGGGACCUUCGACCAACUCCGUUCCCUGCACCGGCUCAAGGGUCAUAAGGUUUUGUAUUCCUUUGACCUAAAAGCCGCUACUGACAUGCUACCUAAAAAUCUAACUGAUAGCAUGUUGAAGGGCUUAUUCGGGGAGGAAAUCGGUUUGGUUUGGUAUGAUAUAAUGAAUAAUACCGCCUUCCGAUCCCCGGAGCGCCUGAAGAACCCGACUAAAGCGCGUGUAUACCGCUUUACUACUUCUGACUGA